ACACUUAGCAAGUAAGGCAUCCGAUCGUGCUCGUAGUCAAAAACCAACAUCUCCCACCUACGAAGAAGAAAGAGAAAAUCAAAAUCAGGAGAAAAUGGGCUUACAAUGGAUGAUCCUCACCUACGCAGUUGCAGCAGAGGCCGCCAUUUUUCUUCUCAUCUCACUUCCUUCACCAAAGGUUCUCAAAACUCGUCUGGUUUCCUUAAUCUCUCUUAUCCUUCAGCCGUUAAUGUUCAUCGUCCCUUUCGCCGCUUUUCAGCUUCUCGAUAUUUACUGGAAGUAUGAGCACCGAUUGACGUGUACUUCUGAGAUCUGUACUGCCACUGAAAGAGAUCGCUAUGAGAAAUCGAUCUACAAAUCUCAGAGGAAUGUGCUGCUUUGUUCUGCAGCCUGUCUUCUCUACUGGUGCAUCUACCGCGUGUGCAAAUAUAACAAGGAUAUUGAAAACCUGGAAGAAGUUGAAAAGAGAUACAAGAAGCUGUAAAUUUCCUCGGCAUUCACUUUCGACAGCUAUGGAGAUUUGAAACUAGUACGGCUGUUUAAAGUCAGGAUACACUUGAGCUCAGUCAGGAUGACCUUCUUAUUGUCUUUCUUUGUGCUUUUUGUUGUUGCUGUUUAUAGUGUCUCUUAUACUAUGAAAACAAUCUAUGUGAACUCUGAAGACUGCUGGCAUGUUCGCCGGAACUUUCUGAGAAAUUAAGAUUAUUGGAGGUUCUUUAUUUAUUAUUGUCAA